AUGGACUCAGCAGAAGUCAAUGAAAAUGAUGCGGAAAAUGAUGGAGAGCAAUGGGACGAAUUUCCUGCCAAUAUUACAAGUUCGUCUGAUGACGAGAUUCCAGACCACGAAGACGGGCGAUUGAUGGAAGAAGAUUUCAGUUGCGAGCAAGAACAAUUUGCUGCCACGGAACCAGACAACAACGACUUCUUCCCUUUUCCAAACGAAAAGUUUUUGUUGUUGUAUUGUUAUGCACACAGUGUUAUGAGGUCCAAGGUAAAAGCUAAACAGCAUAUAUUAAUUUCACAACCGUUAUUUCAUAUGAGGAUGAGAGUUAGUAACAACAUGGAUAAUAAAAUAUUUAUUUUAUUAUCCAUGGUAAUAAGGAUUUCAUAGAAGUUAUAAUCAGCCAUUUCCAAAUCGAGCAGAAGACUGGGUCUAGUUGUUUGUUUGGAGGGACACAAUCUUGUUUUCCGAGCUUGCGAUCCUCGGGAAGUAACAUCAGGCUCAUGGAUAAUCCGUUUCAGGGAGGAAUCAGAGAUUGGCCAUUGAUAUGGAAUUGGCCGUUGAUAUGGAAUUUGCAGUUCUGUUUUAGCCAGAAUUCCUGGCUUCCGGCAACGGAUUAUCCCAGAGCCUCACGUUCCUUCAGAAGGCUCGAGAUUGGGAGGGACAAAAAAUAAACAAUAUGCCGAAUAUGGACGUUUUUAUACAUUCCCAAAAUUUUUUGUGCAGCCUGAAACGCAACAAUUAUAAUAAGGCAUUUUUUAAUAUAUAUUUAACUUGCUCACUAUAACUUGCUGUCCCUCCAAACAUCAACUAGACCCAGUCCUAUGUUCCAUUGGGAUAUGCCUAAUUAUCAUAUUUACUUACCGUAUUUACUCGUUUAAACGCGCCUUUAAAAACAGGGGGCAAACAGGGGACAUUUUGUAUUCAAUUAUAACAAAAAUGAUGUGCAUCAUCAGAAUGCUUACAAAAAUUAUUUACAUAUAAGACAGGUUUUUUAUAUCUCAAAAUGUUUUCGAGAGUGCGCUGCCAAACCGCGUUUUUGACCUGGUACCCACUCCUUAUUGCGACAUUUUGGUCCAAUUUUCACAUUUAAACACAUUUUCGUACCCAGAGCCCUUUUUAUGUGCGGUGCGACGAGGGGCUCUGGCCAAAUCCACAACCGGAUACCGUGAAAAAAAAGGUAAGAAAACAAUGUCCGGUGUUAGAACUAGCCAAUCAGAUGCCAGUUUGGAAUAUGGAUUUGGCCAGAGCCCCUCGUCGCACCGCGCGUAAGGGCUCUGGGUACGAGAAUGAUUUAAACAGCAAUAACUCAAAGACUAUUUGAAUCUUCCGUCGACCAUUAUUCUAACUUUAAUUGCAUGCCUUCAAUUCCUUCGUGGAUGCAGUCAUUCUCUAAGACUGUUAGAGCAUGGCCACUUGUGCUCUCCGGGAUAUAGAGUCCCUCGAAUUACUUAAAAGGCCACUCGGGGCCUAAGGCCCCUACAGUCCCAUUCUCGGGACUCUAUAUCCCAUAGAGCACACGUGACCAUGCUCUAACCAUUACAUAUAGUAAUACUCACUUGGAUUACAAAGCCUAAAAAGAGCAUUCACUUUUUUAUAGUCUAGAUCAGAUUUAGAAUUUCUCUGGAUGAUGUUGGAACGAUUUGGAGUGCAGCUACCCUCUCUGUCAUCUGUUCUGUCCUUCAAAGUGGAUGGAAUGGAAGAUUGUUUACCAUUAAAAAAGGUGAUUCUUCAAAGUAAAAAGUCACCUUUAUUGACUUCAGCUUCUCGCUUCUCGUUUUCAAUUCAGAUGAUCAGAGACUCUCAAAACAUUUGCCUAAUAUUAAAAAACUCAUUAAUAAUUCAUGAAGAAAACACAAAGAAAAAUCAUAAGCGUGUCGUAUCUGUAUAUGUGAUACAGAUUCAUGUUGAUUUACAUAAACUUUAACUUUGAUUUUCUCGGCUUAGACAACGUUUAUUUUUAAAAUUACUUCGCCAAUGAACUCAUAAGAUGAGUCAUUUUUAAAGUUUUUACAACAUUCGCGGCCGUGUUGUAUCAGAUAUACAAACUCUCGCCUUCGGCUCAAGUUUGUAUAUCUGAUACAACACGGCCGCGAAUGUUGUAAACAUUACAUAUAUCAUCAUUGUAUAGAGUUAUGGAGAUGGACAUCCCUUUUACUGGAUUGCACCUUCUGACAUCAUAAAAUUGCAGUUGGCAACACCGUCAGUUGCCAGUAAGAUAGUGAGAUAUCCUGAGAAAAUGGAUCGUUUUAUUACUGAACUCUAUCAGGUUAGUUAUGUGAUAGCGCCAAUUGUUUUAAACAAUUGUUAAUUAAUAUUUUUAAACAAAAAUCAGGGAAGAAGGUGGUGUAUAGAAGAUACUACUUCAGCAAACAUCGAUGGGCUGACAGUUUAUGUCAAAGACGUAGUGACCUAUAAAAUGGGCGAAACGAUUUGUCACGGAAAAGUAAAUGGAUUCUACAUGAAGGUAACAAUGAUUAUGUUUUGUUAUGUCAAUUAUUUGGGAGUACAGUUUAAAAAGCAACACCUUCUAAUGUUAUUGCAUACAUAUUAGUGAGGCGGAUAUGUGUAAAAUUAUUGAUCAGUAGUUCCCAUUGGGGUUAAAAGCAUCAAAUUUUUACAAUUGAUGUAGUUUUAUUUGCUUGAUAGAUAUUUGAAGUGGGACCAUCGCUAUUUUGCUGCUAACUCCUGAAAACAGGUGAUUAGUGAUUUUCUUCUAUUGAAUUCUAUUAUAGCCAAAAAAUGUGAAAUUUUGUAUUCAAUUACAACAAAUAUGACUUGCAUCAUCAGAAAGCUUAUAAAAAACUGCAUAUAAGACGUUUAGACAGUUUUUGAUUUCUGAAAUAGUUAUCGAAUUAUAAACUGUUAAAAACGCAUUUUCAAACAUUGAAUAAUUAAUUAGGGACUUUUAGCGAGAUAUGUGCCUAAUUUACAGCAAUAACCAUUUGAAAAAUAAAAAAACUGUUUAAAAGUCUUUUAUGUAGUUUUUUACAAGCUUUCUGAUGAUGCAAGUUAUAUUUGUCGCGAUUGAAUUCAAAAUUUCACAUUUUUUGUUGUAGUAGAAUUUAAUAGCAAAUAAUGCUAAUAGCAUCGUAACUCUCUAAAAAAACAGUUUCACGAUGGCCCCACUUUUGCAUGUUGUUCUACUCAUAAAAAGAUGCUACUGUGCACAAUUUGGUGCUUUUAACCCUCUUUGGAAACAUCCAUGACAUAUCCGCCACACUAUAUAGCUACACAUUUCGUUUCGUGUAGAAUAUUGACAAUUUGUUGGUACACUUUUGUGAAAUAACAAAAGCUUUUGCUUAUGGGUAUCAAUCAUUGGUUUUAACACAACAAGUCGAAGAGAUACCUAUAGUAUCUAUCAAUGGAUUAUCUGGCAACAGGAUAACAUUUAAAGAAAUAAACGACGAAGUUAUUCAACUAACCAUGGAGGUAAUUGGACGAUAAUGUAACACAAUAACAAUUAUCAACUUUAACAAUUCGAACAGUUCAAAUGCGUGUAAGUUAAGCCUGUUGUAUAAUAGGCAAAUUAGUUUGCGCGAUUAAACAAAUUCCUUCAAAUUUAAUUGCAACCCCCCCCCACUCAUUUUUUUGCAAAAAUUUAAAUAGCCCUCCCCCUCUUCUAAUAAUUUAUUUAUUUAUACAUAUUCCCCCUCCCCUUUGCUCUCCCCCACCUUCCAUAAAUAAUGACCGGUCCCUUAGAGUUUCAAUAGUCUAGCAAAUACAACUUUAUAAUUUGUAUAAUACAAAGUGUGCUUAAAUGUUUUUAAAAUGAUUGAUGUAUAAAUAAAAGUACUAUUUAAUAAUUAAAAAAAAUUUUCACUUCUCUACAUGUUUAUAACCUGUAUGACUCAUUGAUAAGGGUAAAUUAUAUUAAAUUUUGGGCAUCUCGCUUCAUAUUACAAAUUGUACAGGGUUUUAUUGAUGGAAACAUAAAUUAUUUCUAAUUAUUUUCUGUCGAAAUUCCAUCAACAAAACCCUGAACAUGCGUGUUCGUUGACAUAUGGAGAAAACCCGCAUCGUUUACCAUUCAUGAAAUUGCAACUUUUCUGGGGAAAAAUAUAAAAUUUUAAUUUUAAAAAGCCUGUUCAAAUGAAAUUUUGGUACAAUUUUUAAAGAUAGAAUCACAAGAUUUAUCCAAUAAUUAUGCAACAAUGACCAAGCUCGCAUGAUUAUGAAUUUGCAUCCUAGUUUGCUCCUGGUUUAAAAAUAGUUAACUACACUUGGUGUCCAAAUAGCUUACUUUUGAACAAUGUUUUGCAUUUCAAUGGCACAUUUAGUGUAUUGCGAAUUGACUGUGAUAACAAAAUUUGUUCACGUCCAAAAAGUACAGAUAUUGCAAUUUGCAUAAUUUGUUAAAUGUUCUUUGAUAUGUUAUGGGAUGAAAAGAUUUACACUUGGGUGCAUACAUGCACCGAAAUUCUUUCUCAUAUGACAUUUGCUGUAUUCUAUAUAUACCAGUAUUGGUAUUUUUCUUCGAAUGUGCAUGUAUGUGCCCAAGUAAUCUCUUUAGACGUGAACAAAUUUUAACGCGAGCUAUUUGCAUAACGAUGGCCAUUUGAGCAUAGAUAAAGAAUAACCUGAUCUGGAUUGUUAACAGCAUUGAACAAUACUGUUCGCAACAGCAAUGGACAAUGUUGUUCGCUCAAAUUUUGACAAAAUGUACAUUUUAGACUUUUAAGAAAAUCUAUGUUACCUUUGGUCUUGAAAUAUCAUGUGUGUAACUGUAAAGCAGGAAUCCUCGUCCGAAUCUAUGCCCAUAUAUUCCACGUCUAUGCCUGUAUAUUCCCAAUCCUGUUGUAGGUUGGUAGCUGAGGUUUUCUCCAUAAAACUCAAAUUUGCAUACGGCGGGAAUGUUUAUAUAUGAUAUAAAUAAAGAUAUAAAUAAAAUAAAAAAAUAAAAAUAGGCAUAAUAUUCUUCUAAUAACACUCAGAAUUUAUACAAAUAAAAUAAAUACAAAUAGGUAUGUUCUAAUAAAACUUUAUAUGAAAAAGGAAUUACACUUAUAUUUUGACGAACCAGAGGCAGAGGUACUGUGUGCUACAAGUACUUCAUCAUCAGAACACUUGAUUAAAUGUGGUGUACCACAAGGUUCUAUUUUGAGACCAUUGCUGUUCUUGUUGUACAUCAACGACUUACCAGAGUGUCUUAAAAAUACAAGACCUCGGUUAUUCACUGAUGAUACAAACCUCACAGCAUCUAGUUACUCCAUAGCUGAUAUUGAGAUUGCAGUAAAUUCUGAUCUAGAAAAUCUUAGGAACUGGUUAAUAGCCAAUUAA